UUUAGACCCGCCCCAUGAGGAGGAGGACGAGGGGGGGAAUACGUGGUGCCUGCUUCUUCCUUGCGCACCGAGCAGCACUCACAAAACAGCGGCUGGAUUUAUUGUAAAGAAAAAAAAAAAGUUUUUUAAAAGUACUCCAGAAUGUCUUGUUUACAUAAACGUCCGAAAAGGACACCAUCCCAGGAGCUGGCUUUCCAGGAGCAGGUGAAAAGAGUUGCGCAGGAGAAUGGAAAACGCCUAGGUUUGGAGGGAGACCCAGAUCUACAGUUCCUGCUGGUCGGCGGCGAGCUGGUCAAGAUCCGCUCGAGCUCCUGGAAGAAGAACCGCUUCUUCAAACUGCAGGAAGACUGCAAAACCUUUUGGCAUGAGUCCCAAAAAGUAUUCAAGCGAAACCAGACUUUCUCCAUUGAUGACAUUGACUCGGUGCGCAAUGGCCGCCAGUCCGAGGGGCUCAAUAAACACACUGACCCCAGGGUCGAAGAGCAGUGCUUCUCCAUCAUCUUCAAGGGCCGCAAGAAAAACCUCGACCUGAUGGCGCCCAGCAGCAGGGAGGCAAAACAGUGGGUCAACGGCAUCCAGAAGAUCAUCACCAAUAUGAGCAACCUCAGCCGCCAGCAGAAGAGCGAGCACUGGAUCAUCAACUGCAUGCGAAAAGCAGACAAGAACGAGGACAACCAGAUGACCCUGAAGGAGCUGAAGCACUUCCUGCGACAGAUCAACGUAGAAGUGGACGACACCUACGCAGAGGAAAUCUUCAAGAAAUGCGACAAGUCCAAUUCGGGUACCUUGGAGGGCUCGGAGAUCAAGCACUUCUACGACCUGCUGACACACCGGGAGGAGAUAGGUGUCAUUUAUGGGAAGUACGCUGAAACCGAUGGUCAGAUGAGCACGACAGACCUGCUGAACUUCCUGCAGAAUGAGCAGAGGGAGCAGGUGUCCAUGGACUACGCUGAACACCUGAUUGAAAAAUACGAGGUGGAUGGGACAGCGAAGCAGAAGAAGCGCAUGACCAUAGACGGCUUCCUGAUGUACCUGCACCAGGAGGAGGGCUCCAUUCUCAACCCGGCUCACAAACACGUGUAUCAGGACAUGCACCAGCCCCUCAACCACUACUACAUCUCCUCCUCACACAACACCUACCUGAUGGAGGACCAACUCAAGGGACCCAGCAGCACAGAAGCCUACAUCAAAGCCCUGAUGAAGAGCUGUCGCUGUGUGGAGCUUGACUGUUGGGACGGGGCUAACGGCGAGCCCGUCAUUUACCACGGCUACACGCUCACAUCAAAAGUUGUCUUCAGAGACGUCAUCAAAGCCAUCAAAGACUACGCCUUCAAAACGUCAGAGUACCCAGUGAUCUUGUCCCUGGAGAACCACUGCAGCGUGGACCAACAGAAGCUCAUGGCCCAUCACUUGAUCUCCAUCCUGGGUGACGCUCUGGUCACAAAGCCUCUGGGCGACACGAUGCCCACUAACUUCCCGUCACCUGAGGAUCUGAAGGGCAAGUUCCUCAUCAAGGGGAAGAGAUUGAACAAACUGGAAGCUGCCUUCAACAACAACAACACCGUGGAGGAGGACACGGUGUCCGAGGAAGACGAGGCUGCAGACUGUAAGGAGAACGGCCAAAAAGCCAAAUCAAAGAAAUCAAAAAUCAAACUUGCCAAACUGCUCUCAGACAUGGUCGUCUACUGCAAGAGUGUCCAUUUCAACGGCUUCGAACACGCCAAGGACAACCAGGCCUUCUACGAGAUGUCGUCUUUCAAGGAGAGCAAAGCUUUCAACCUGGCUGACACUUCAGGUACCGCUUACAUCCAUCACAACAUGGACAAACUCAGUCGAAUCUACCCAGCCGGCUCCAGAACCGACUCCUCCAACUACAACCCAGUGCCCAUGUGGAACGUCGGCUGCCAGAUAGUGGCGUUAAACUUCCAAACUCCCUCAAAGGAGAUGCACCUAAACCAGGGUCGGUUUCUGCCAAACGGUGUCAGCGGCUACGUCCUGAAACCGGAGUUUCUGAGAAGCCUGUCCUCUCAGUUCAAUCCCAACACACUCACCAAAGGGCCCUGGUUACAGAGGAAAACAUUUCACAUCAUGGUGAUCUCAGCUCAGCAGUUGCCAAAAAUCAACAAGGACAAACACAAAUCCAUCGUCGACCCUCUGGUGAGAGUGGAGCUUUACGGUGUCCCGGCAGACAACGCCAGCAAGGAGACGCACUACAUUGAAAACAAUGGAUUCAACCCAAUGUGGAAUGAGAGAUUCCAAUUUAACAUCCAAGUCCCCGAGCUGGCCAUGGUGCGAUUUGUGGUGGAGGACUAUGACUCAACAUCCCAGAAUGAUCUCAUCGGGCAGUACUGUCUACCGCUCACCAGUAUGCAGAACGGAUACCGCCACGUCCCACUGCUCACCAAGAGAGGAGACGUCAUCUGCUCAGCCGGACUGUUUGUGCAUCUCAUGCUCAUCGACGCCCCGUAGUUUGGAAAACCUUGUCGCCAGCGGCAACAUUUUAAAAGCCAAAAACAAACUCUAAAGGAUUUUGUCCAGUUUUAAAGCUCAGUAACACAACUCUGAUCAAGCAUUUUUAAUGGAAAAAAAAAACCAUUUGUCAUCUGCAGUGCUGCUGCCACUGACUCACCGUUGUCUCUGUAACACUUUCCUGUCAUUGUCUUUUUUUAAAGCGGUUUGGUGGAAAGCUCCCAUGUAGCAACAAAGAGUGAAUGAAAAAUGUGAAUGAAAGAGCAGUGUGGUCAUUUAAUUGUAUGUGCUAUAAUGGGGAGAAAUACUGUACUUGGAAGAGUAAGAUGUGAUUUCUUACAGAAGUUAACUUCUGAAUAGUAUUUUUAUAUAUUUGUUUUUCUUUGAGGCUUCAUGUUUCCCUUCGGGUUUCUUUCAAAUCAUGCUCCUACUCAUGGAAACCAUGUAUAUAUCAAACAACACAAGCACUUACCUGUUUUACUGUCUUAUGACUCGUCUGACUACAACAAACCUUGUUUUUUUUUUAUUUUUUAACAUUUUUCCCAGUUUUUAUGAUGUUGGUCACUGGAGUCUUUAGCAAAGGCAAACAUUUUGCCAAGUGUGUCUGUGUGCAUGCAUGCAGGUGUUCAUCCGUUUUGAAUGCAGACUGUCCUACAGAUAUGAUUCCUUCACUGUGUUAAUCAAAGACGGCCAUUUUCCUCCAACUUUCCUCUCAAGGUGGGAAACUUGAAUGCUGGGACGAUGUUAAACUGCUGUGUUUAAAGUCUUUUAAACAUUGGUAAUCUGACAAAUAAUCGUCAUUUUGCUUUGCUGACUGAUUGGUAACUGAAAAGAUGAUUGAUAGUGAAAGUCUAGAAGCAGCUUCGGCCAUAUUUCAAGAUUAAACAACAUAUUCUAUUACUCGUUAGCUAAUGUUAGCAACUUCCUAGAUAAUAUUAAUGUUUGAUUUCAUCCUGUGUUUCACCUCCAGGUUUAAAUAAAUGUCUCCCGGAUGUGCGCUGACAUUUCUCAAUUAAUUUACACAGUAACUUCACGCCUCCCGAUGGCAUCUAAACAGUAUUGUGUCAAACGGUAACGUUAGCUAGAAUGUGGCUGACUGCUAAUGCUAGCAUGUUGUUUUACCUUGAAAUACGGUCCGAUGUCCCAUUAGAUUAAACCAUCGGUUGUCUUUCCAGCUGCUAACCAAUCAUCAAAUGGUGAAAUGCAAAAAAUAAAAGUCAUCUAAUUACUUACAUUUGUAUGACUUGAACAGCAGAACACAGCAGUAUGACAUUUGAGCUUCCCACCCUGAGUGUGAUGUCAGAGGAAAAUGGCCGCCAUGUGACUAUAUUCUGUUUUUUUUCUGUUUUUAAAGAUUUAAAAAUGCCUUUUGACUUCCUGUUAAAUUAACUGUAUGAUAUAAAUCUGCUCUAAAAAUACUGAACCAUAACUCACUUUAGCAAGUAUUUAAUUCAUUGGAUGUACUUUCAUGACAUACUUACGACUGUCAGUGGCAUGGCAUGUCAUUUGCACUAGCUCGUAAAUAAAACCAGCAGAGUCUCUGAUUGAA